CCACAUGUUGCUCCUCUCUCUCUUUCGCACGCUCUCUCUCUCUCUCUCUCUCUCUCUCUCUCUCUCUCUCUCUCCCUUUCUCCUAUUUCUCUCUCGGUGUCUUUCUCCCUCCCUCUCUAUCCUUCUUUCCCUCCCCUCUCCUUCCCUUCUCCCCAUCUCUGUCUCUUCCUUUUCUUUCUUGAUGUCUGUCUUCUGUGUGUAAUUCUCUCAGCGUCUCCUCCUUAUGUCUCUGUCUCUUCUCUCUGUCUCUCCUUAUCUCUCUGCCCCAGCCUCCCAUCCCUGCCACCUCUUUCCACCAUCUCCCUGUCCCCAUCAUUUCUAAUCUGUCCUCUAGGGCCCCAGGGCAGUCAGUGCUCUGCGGGCUGUCCCCCCUCCCCCCCACUGCCAAGCUCCAGGCUCGUGCCUGCUGCCCUCUGGGCGCCUGGCGUGUGACUGUCUCCAAAGUCGCUGGCGGAGGGUGCGUUCUUUGAACCUCACAUCCUGAGAUCCUGGAGGCCCUGAGCUGAGAAGACAGCAGAAUGCCCGGCUUGCUGAACCGUGUCACUGGGGCAGCCCUGCCUCUCAUGGCAUCUGAUGUCACCUCCUAUGUCAAUGGCUACGCCCUGGGCCUGACAGCCUCCCUCACCUAUGGCAACCUGGAGAUUCAGCCCUUCCAAGCUCUCUUUGUGUAUCCGACGGAUGAGUACACCACAGUGGUUGGUUUUGAGGCAGUCGUUGGUGACCGGGUUGUGACCAUACAGAUCAAAGACAAAGCCAAGUUGGACAGAAGCUACUUGGAUAUCCAGUCUGCCACUGUCACAGGGAACAUUCCACAAGAGGGGGUUUCCAUCACCCCUCAUUCCUGCACACCGGGAAAGGUGGCCUUGGAUGAGGAUCUGGAGCGGAUUCUGUUCGUGGUCAACCUGGGGACCAUUGGUCCCAUGGAGAGUGUCACCAUCUUCAUCAGCACCUCCUCGGAACUCCUCACGCUGCCCAGCGGGGCUGUGAGGGUCCUUCUGCCAGCCGUCUGUGCCCCUACCGUAUCUAAGUUCUGCAGCCGAAGAUCUGGCUCAUCCAGCAAACAGACUCAAGGCAAAGACCCACACUGCUUCGGCAUGCAUAGCAUGGACUCCUACAAUGGGCUGUGUCUGGCCACUCUCCUGGACACAGAUGUGACCAACCCCAUGGAAUAUGAAUUCAACUUUCAGCUAGAGAUCCGUGGACCAUGUCUGCUCGCAGGGGUGGAGAGUCCCACACAUGAUAUCCGUGCAGAUGCCUCCCCGUCGGCACACUCAGCCAAGAGCAUCAUCAUUACCUUGGCCAACAAACACACCUUUGACCGGCCAGUGGAGAUCCUUCUCCACCCCAGUGAGCCUCACAUGCCACACAUCCUGGUGGAGAAAGGGGACAUGACCCUGGAGGAAUUUGAACAGCACUUGAACGAGAAAGCAGGUGUCAAUAGGGAGAUAAAGAAGGACGGCAGCGCGGAGAGAAAGACAGAAGUCAUCCGGAAGCGUCUCCACAAAGACAUUCCUCACCACUCAGUCAUCAUGCUCAACUUCUGUCCUGACCUCCACUCUAUGCAGCCCAGCCUGAGGAAGACCCACGGGGAGUUUAUCUUCCUCAUCGACAGGAGCAGCAGCAUGAGCAAGGCCAGCAUCCAGUGUGUCAAGGAGGCUAUGUUGGUGGCCCUUAAGAGCCUUGUGCCAGCCUGUCUCUUCAAUGUCAUUGGUUUUGGAUCCACAUUUAAGACAGUCUUUCCUUCCAGUCAGAUCUACAACGAGGAGAACUUGGCCACAGCAUGUGACUGUAUCCAGCGACUUCGGGGUGAUAUGGGGAACACCAACCUCCUCUCCCCUCUCAAGUGGAUCGUCCGGCAGCCAGUGCACCCAGGCCACCCACGGCUCCUCUUCCUGAUCACGGAAGGGGCUGUGAACAACACCGGGAAGGUUCUGGAGCUGGUGCGGAUUCACUCCUCUUCUACCAGGUGCUACAGUUUUGGAAUAGGACCCAGUGUCUGCUACCGACUGGUGAAGGGGCUGGCGUCUGUAUCCAAGGGCAGCGCAGAGUUUCUGAUGGAGGGGGAGCGGCUGCAACCGAAGCUGAUGAAAUCCUUGAAGAAGGCCAUGGCCCCGAUGCUGUGCGACGUGACCGUGGAGUGGAUCUUCCCUGAGACCACGGAGGUCCUGAUCUCUCCUGUCAGGACCAGCUCCCUUUUCCCUGGGGAACGGCUGAUGGAAUAUGGCAUUGUGUGUGAUGCCUCCUUGUACAUUUCCAAUUCCAUUUCUGACAAAAGGCGAAAGUAUGGCAUGCUGCAUGCUCAGGAAUCCAACAGCUCUGUCUUCUACCACUCUCAGGAGGAGGGCCAUGGCCCAGGCAAUGCAAACUGUGCCAAGAACUUCAACCCAGGGCAGACCAAAGAUGCCUAUUCAUGUGAUGGAGACUCCCUCGCCCAUCAUGGUCUGGAUGUCUCCCAGCGACGGAGAGCAUACAGCACUAACCAGAUCUCCAGGCACAAGGCUUGCCCACGCGCCAUCACAGCCAGCGACCCAACUGGGACCACCAGGAGAUACCCACUGCGAAAAGCUAAGGUGCUGCAAGAACUUGACAAUCAGAGCAGCUCGGAGAGCCAGUGUUGGCAGAUUGAUCUGCAGCCCUUAUUCAACAGUGGCCAUGACCUGAGGCAGGGCCCCAGGCUGCACGGCCCAGGGGCCCGCAGGCCCUCCCUACUGCCUCAGGGCUGCCAGCUCUUGAUGCUGUCUGGCCAGAAGCCCCAGGCCUCUAGCUCUAUGAAGGAUCUGGAUCCCUGUUCCAGCCCAAAGUCUGGCCCUGACAGCAGAAGCUCUGAGGACCUGGCCAUAGAGCCACCCCAUCAACACCCCACCUUCGAGACGGAAACAUCCUCAGACUGGGACCCCAUGGCUGAGUCAGAGGGGCAGGGGAGUCCCUGCAGGCCCGCCACUCCAGGCCCUGUGCUGGGCAAGGCUUUGGUCAAAGGUCUGUGCAACAACAAGCGCUUGCAGUGGGAGGUGAGCUUUGAGCUGGAGCCGCCAGCCCUGGAGAAGGGAGAUAUACAGGACGCCGACCUGUGGAAUGAGACCUUCCACCACCUGGCAGCCCGCGCCAUCAUCCGGGACUUCGAACAGCUGGCAGUGCGUGAGGACGAAAUAGAGCUGGGCUCCAACCGUCGAUACCAGGUGAACGCCGUGCACACCAGCAAGGCCUGCAAUGUGAUCAGCAAAUACACAGUCUUCGUGCCUGUGGACAUAAGCAAGCGGCGGUACCUGCCCACCGUGGUGAAGUACCCCAACUCUGGUGGCAUGCUACGAAUGGUCAGCUUCCGGAACCUGACCCGGCAGUGGAAGCGCUCCUCUGCAGGCUCUGCACGGUCCCAGGCCAUGCUCAGAGAACACUCCUCGGCCGCAGGAGACAGCAAAUUCCAGAGCCUGGCCCUCAAGGAAAACUCUGCUUCAACCUUCAGUAAAACCCUGUCCCCUGGCCGUGAGAAGCACACAGCUGCGGACGGUCCCCCUCACAACUUAUCCAGUAGUGCUCUGGCCUCCAUGAAGACCUCCGAGGCUAUGUUUGGAUCCAAGUUGAGUCUCAACAAGUCCAAGCUACUGAGCCGAGCUGCCAAAGGCUUCUUCAGCAAAUCGCUGGCCAAGGCUUCAGAGCCAAUCCUGGGCAGCCAGAGCUCUGACUACCUACCACUGUUGUCGCUACAGCUGGCCUCGGGAGCCUUUCUGCUCAACCAGGCCUUCUGCGAGGCCAUCCAAAUCCCCAUGGAGAAACUCAAGUGGACCUCACCCUUCAUCUGCCUCCGAAUGUCCCCCACCACCCGCCGGCAAGGUUUAAAGAGUCCACAGCACUGCACCAGCUCAUCACCUCCCCCACCCUGUGACAACGGCUCCCUAGAGCCCGAAGCCGAAGGCAGCUCAGAUCCGGAGCCAAACGCGAUGUUGGAGUACACAGGAAAGCUGUGGGCCACUGUGGUGGCCCUGGCAUGGCUGGAACACAGCUCAGCGAACUUCUUCAUCGAGUGGGAGCUGGUGGCUGCCAAGGCCAGCUCGUGGCUGGAGCAGCAGGAGGUGCCUGAGGGCCGCACGCCGAGCGCGCUCAAGGCCACGGCUCGCCAGCUGUUUGUGCUCCUUCGACACUGGGAUGAGAACCUGGAAUUCAAUAUGCUCUGUUACAACCCCGAUUAUGUGUAAGGGAGGGGGAGAGGGAUGGGCUGUUUGCAUUGAUAGGGGAACUUUUUGAAAGCUGUAUUCAAUAUAGUCUUGUUAGAAAGAGCCUUGGACUGGCAGUGGGUAGGCCUGAAUUCAAUCCCAACCUUGCUACCACCUACCAACUUUAUAGAUCAGUGACUGCCCCAUCAGGGCCUCAGUUUCCCCAUCUACAAAACAAGAAGGUGAGAUAGAUUUUCAAAUGGACCUAAACUUCCUUUCCAUUCAGACCUUCAAGCAGCUGCAGGAUUUGCUGCUGCUGGGGCAUGGCAAGAGAAAUGAACACGCAUGUGUGCACACAGAGAGAGAGAGAGAGGAGAGAAGAGAGGAGUUUCCCUGGAGAGCAAUGUUGGCAUGCACUAGAGAGAGCAAUGUUCAAGUCCAGUAAAAAAAAAAAGGGGGGGGAGGAGUCCAUAAGAAAACCUGUCAAAGACAGACCCAGAAGCUUCCUCCGGGUACUGAGAGACCUCCUCUGUCAGUUGCAUUGUGGCAUAGGCUUGAAUCUUCCUGGUAACAGUCCAGGGGCUUUAUCUCCCACUAGCAAGCCAAACAGAGAACCAUCCUUCCCAAGGCUUUGCAAGGGAUUCCUCCUAGUAGUUGAGCACUGCAUCUGUGGUAUGAAGUUUGGCUUCCUGUCUAAGAAGAUGUAGGGAGGACCAUGGGAGAAAGACUCCCUUCCAGCCUUGUAGCUGUGGCCUGCAGAACUAGUUUCUAGGAUAGGCAAGCUCACCGGAGCCAGCAAAGAGACCAGACUUAAAUAACUUACACAAGUGACUCCCUCCAUUUGUACUGAGGGGCUAGAACAGCACCUCCGUGUGCAUUGCAUUCUGGGAUAGUGGAGUCUCUAGCAAUGACCUGCAGAGAGAAAACUUCUCUGUAGAAAAAAAAAAAAAAAUAGGCUUGGCUGCAUUGUGUCUGUAGAUGGAAAGGAAUAAAAGGAUCUCGAAACUUCAAAGCAGGAGCUGGUGGGGGGCAUCCCCCAGUCCAGGAGCAUCAUGUGAUACCCCUGGACUGGUGUCAGACUGUCUAGGCCUUAAGCCUUCCCCUCACACUUGCCCAGAAGUGUGCCUAGAUCUCCCCAAGGACCCUAGACAGAAGCUGUGGACCUCGUAAAACCCUUAGUCCUAGGUCUUAGUUUCUGAUGUUUGUCUCCAAAAGUAGUCACCAAGGCCCUGAUAGGAAAUCCUCCCAACAAUUUCUUUCUGGUGAGACAAAUCUUGAUUAAACCAACCCACAAGGGUCUUAUGGGCACUGAGCUAGGACAGGGCCCCAUAAAGAUUCUAAAGGAUAUGCAGUCUAUAUUAGCAGCUAGAGUUGGGGGGAGGGGAUGCUUCCACAGAACACCUGCUAAGUGAAAGGAGGAGAGGCAGGCCCAACAGGAUUUGGGUGCUCUGCUCCUUGCCCUCAUGCCCUGUCAUGUCCAGCUACACUGCUGUAUCUUCCCAGAGGGUCCCCUUUUGAAGAGGCAAAGUCUCUUCCCUACUUCACGGGUCUCUUGUGCUUUUAAUUCACAGUCUGGAGAGAAACCGCCUCACCCAAGGUCCCAAGGAGAUACAAGGAGAAAGUUAACUCCCCUGCUUCCUCAAAACUCCCACCACUUUCCUUACUUAGCAGCUCUAGCUUUCCCAGGACCGCAAGGGUAGUGCCCACUGCCUGGUCAUCGUGGGUGGAAAAAUGGUCAGGCUGGGAGUCAGAACGUGUGGACCUGGGUCUCAGUCUUGAUGCUCCCUCGGACAGUGAGGGACUUCCCUUCUCCCGGCACUCUAGAGCUAGUGAGUUUCCUUCUGACAUUCCCCGGAUUCCCUCUUGGUAAACAGGGAUUUGCUCUCCCUCUGUGUGACUUUGAACAUGUUGUGUGUGCACCCCAGGCCCCUCUCUUCCUCUAGCAAUGAGCAAGCUGCACUGUCUAGUGAGCCCAUGAGCUUAAUCCCAGAGCCUCAGGACCUGGAGAGGACGGUGUCCAUGGCUCGGGGCAGUGGAGUUAGCACUAUGAGAUGCCUAGAAAGAUCUGCCCACGCACCAGCUGCCAGAGCUCAGCAGUGUGUUUGGUGUAUACAGAGAUGCUGGUCCCUAUAGCCCUGAACUCACCCUCCCAGCACCGCAGUACCAAGAAACAAAUCCCUUGGUUUUCAAUAACCCAAGGACUGGCGAAGGAAGUUUCCAGACAAGACAUGUUUGUAAAAACUGCUUCGGCGGUACUGGGAUGACUUGUGCCUCAGUAACCCACUACCUGCCUCACCAAGUAGAUGACCAAAGGGUUGGGCCUUAAGGAAAAGAUAAGAGUCAUAGAGAGUGGGUGCAUGCUGAGAGACCAGAGUGGCACAAAGAUCUCAAAGGGGCAUACUGCUGUCCCUGCGAGCUAGAUGAACUUGAACUCGUUUAGUUUGUUAAACCAGCUUUGCUUUCAAGGUCAUGUCAAAGGGACACCAAAGUCCUCACUGUGUGAAGAAACGUCCAGUGGGACUGCCCAGUCAGCCUCAACAUGGCCUUCAGUGGUCAAAACCUGGGCCAAGAAUUGAGGAGCUAUGGGUUGGUCCCAACCCAGCCGCCAGUGGGCUGUGUGGCUUCUGGCAACUGGCUGUCUUCCUCCAAGGCCCUCUUUUAUUUAUUUAUUUAUUUUUUUUGUAGAAUGCUAGGAUUCUAUGAGAUGUGUACUUCCAAGCCUGUUGCUCAUCCACAAGGAACUUCUGUAUGGCAAACAUGCUGGGGAAACCCCCAGAAAACAGACAACAAAGCAGGUCAGGAUGCUAAUCGGUUAACAGCACCACCAGUUCCCAAGGAGGUCACCCAGCAUGCAGCUCUUCCAAAGACGCCUGGUUAAAAAAAAUGCUGGUCUUUGGGCAUUUCCCUAAGUUGCCACUAACAUCUAAACAGCCUUUAUGGAGUGCUUGCUGUAUGGAAGGCAUGUGAAGUGCCCCCGUGAGCACGAUGUCCCUGUCCCUUUAGAGUUUGGCAAGGGGUACUGGAAGAGUGUCCAUGGCUCCCUCUGGCACUCAAUGGUCCAGGGCUGGGUUUAUCUUGACUGACCAUUCUCCAGCCCCCUGGUCUUGCAUGUGUGGGCAUAGCCUGAGCCUAGCACGGUCUGAGCUUGGCUUACACUAAUCUAUAGAUCUCCUGAGUGCUCAGAAAUUCUUGAUUGUGUGAGGACAGCUGGCCACAGUGAUAACCAGAGAGGAGUGCCACCAUGGGUUCUGCUUCCUGGUGGAGCAGGGGAGUACCUGCAACAGGAUGCCCUAUGGGUCUAUCUCCUGACACAGGCAGGCCCUGUCUCUAAGGCCCAGCCUAGCUCUGGAGCCCAGGGAAGCUUGGCCUCAGUAACUUAGCCCACACUGCACUGGUAAAUAUGUGGCCUUGGUUUCCAAUCCAUCCUCUCCCUGCCUGAAGGCAAGUGAGUGUCCCCCGUGACCUGAGCCAGCAUGGUUGUAGCUGAUUGGUGGAUUAUCUACUCCCAAUACCAACUCUUGCUGAUUUUCAUCUGUUCUCUGGAGGGGUGAAAAAGCAAGGCCCGCCGCCUUCCAGCUUGGUGGUUUAGCCAAUAGAGGCUUCUAGGGGUUUCCUCUAAGUCCUGUCUGCACCCUAUCUGAGAGACAAAAUUCCUCUACUAACCACAGCCCCGCCCUCUCCCUUGGCAGGGACCCAUAAGAGGAGAUAGUGUGGAAAGGGCCAGCUCCAUCUGGCCACAGCGGCCCUCCCCCAGAGAGUGGUUACUCCAUUCUCCUGAUUGGAAUCUGCCUGACACCCCAGAACUUGUCAUUUGGGGUUCUAAGUUGUGCCCCAGUUGUGACACACUGUUAUAUCUCAGGGUAACCCAGGAAGAAGUGCAUUCUACGUCCUAGUGCCCUGCAGCAGGAGAGGGGAGGCAUGGGGCAUGCAUUCACUGCUACUAAGCAGAGGUUGGUUGGUUGGUUUGUUUGAAUUCUUCCCUGACAGCGGCAGCGACAAAGAGGCACAUUUUAACAUGGUUCUCUCUACUGUGCCACUGAAAAUAACUGGGGCACGGGCAUGCAUGGCAUUGUGUGGUUGGGUAACCUGAUCCACAAAGAUCUGUCCCCAGGUCAGGGGCUCGGUAACCAUGCCCAGCCAAUUGUACAGUUCCCUGCUGGAGAGGGCCCUGACCCCUGUGUCCACCACUGAUCUGGCCUAGUGACUCCACCAGCCUCAUCCCAGCACUGCCUCCCCAGGUGACAAUGCCCGUGUGAGAUGUCUCCUGUUGGCGCUGCAAUUCUCCCAGACUCUGGGCCAACUGUCCUGGGAUUACAGCCGCUUCUAAGGCAAAGCGCGUGCGUUCGUGUGGUGACCUGUGGGAUAGCUUCAACUAUUUGCUCAGGUGGCUUUGGCUUAAGUGGCAUGGCCGGUGCUUGUCCCUGCCAGAGCCUCAAGUGCCUAUCACAUGCUGUGUUGUAUUAUUCCCCCUCCCUCCCCGCUCACCCCAGUGACCCCAAGUGCCUGGGACGCUUCCUGCUUCUUGCCUGGAGUAGCUGGUUACACUGAUGUUGCAGAAGUCCUAGGGGCCCGCUGUCUGAUUCCACCACUUAGCCAUGCCUACGCUAGAACUGUGUGUGUGUGUCUAUUUUCCAAGGAAUGGCUUCUUUGCCAUGGUGGCUCCUGUCCUCCUACAGGCUUUCGGCUCAUAAAAACUGCCCAUGUG